CGAAUUAUAUCUUUCCCGGUCUCCUUAUCGAACAAGUUCAGUGUCAAUAUCUCAGGCUUUACGCACCCAACUCCAACUAUAUAUACAUCUCCAAACCAUUCGUUGUGAUCAUCAAGAACACAAACUAGAAACACGAGCAGAAGUAGUAAGAGGUUCAAAUCUCUAGCCACCCCCACAGCCGAGUUCCUGAAACUGAUCGACAGAAAUGGCCGGAGGAGGAGAUGAGCUGAAGCUUUUGGGCACAUGGUUCAGCCCGUUCGUUUCCAGAGUGAAGUUCGUGUUCCACCUCAAGGGCCUGAGCUACGAGAACAUCGAGGAGGACCUCAAGAACAAGAGCGAGCUCCUCCUCAAGAGCAACCCGGCGAUCAAGAAGGUACCCGUGCUCUUCCACAACGGCAAGCCACUCUGCGAGUCCAUGAUCAUCGUCGAGUACAUCGACGAGACCUUCGCCGGCGUCGGCCCGUCCGUCGUCCCCACCGAUGCCUAUGAACGCGCCGUCGCUCGCUUCUGGGUCUCCUACAUCGACAACAAGCUAGUGGCGCCAUGGUUCCAGGUGUUCAGGAGCAAGUCGAUGGAGGAGAAGGCGGAGGGGCUGAAGCAGAUCUUCGUGGCGGUGAUGGUGCUGGAGGAGGCGUUCAAGGAGUGCUCCAAGGGGAGGCCAUUCUUCGGCGGCGACAACGCCGGGAUCGUGGACAUCGCGCUCGGCAGCCAGCUCGGGUGGGUGCGCGCAUCCCAGGCGCUGUCCGGCAUCAAGCUGUUCGAUCCCGCCAAGACGCCGCUUCUGGCGGCCUGGGCGGAGCGCUUCCUCGCGCUGGACGCGGCGAAGGCGUCCAUGCCGGAGUUCGGCAGGCUGAUCGAGUAUGCCAAGAUGAGGCAGGCCGAGUCUGACGCCGCGAACGCAGCAGCCAACUGAUCACCACUCACCAACCAACUGCGAUGAGCUGAGCAGACUCGCCCCUGCAAGUGUCGAUUUGGGGAAAGCGAGUUAAUAAUUUGUGUCCUGUUUGUGUCAAGUGUCAACUGCUUCAUUGUUGCUCUGCACCUCUGCCUACGUUGCGCAACUUGUUCCAUGCCAGUGUUUUGUUCAGUCAGUCUGUCGUUGUUCCAUGUCGUGUUUGUUUAUGACCAAUAAAUAUAUUUGUAUCCUUUUAUUUUAAAAAA